UUAAUUUAUUCCUGUUGUGUGUUCGGAAAACAUCACCCGUAUACCUUACAGUCAUAAAUCAUAAAUCCGGUAAUUUUAGGUAUUUGAUCUAUUUGACCGGUUGACAACAUGGUUAUUUUCAACAUCUCGAAAGGUGAAAAAAACUAUACGUCACCCGCCCCGGGCACAAAUCAGCUGACUUUUGUCAUGUGACCUGCAUGACGGACGCGGAAGAGACAACGUGAAGCCGGACAGUCUGCGGAGUGGAAAGGGAUUUUUCUAGCAGAAGCAGACAGGUGCCAUUUUUAACACUGAGGAUGUCAGCAUACAGAGUUCUCCCUACUCUGGCUCUGGCAUUAACAGUUCUUAUGACAUGUGACGCAAAUGUGACCCUGUCUGCUCCAGCAGCUGUAAGUUUAGUGGAGAAUACUUCGCAAAACAUCAGCUUUGAGGCAAGUUCUGCAGUGAACUACACUGUUGUCUUGCACUUCAAUGUUACUUAUUCUUCCCGAAAUGUCACCAGCAUUAUUCUGCUCCCUGAAGAGGUUCUGCUGCCUGCAGGAGCCCAAUCCAGCAGCUUUGAGGUCCAUGCUGAAAAAGUGGGUCAGGUAACUGCUUACCUCUGCAGUGACAGCAGUGACCUAAGAGGAUUUACAGCCCGGAUCCGUUUCCUGGUCAUACGCAGCAGGAUCCUUGAGAUUAUCAACCAAGUGAUUGGCUGGAUUUACUUCCUAGCUUGGUCGAUUUCAUUCUACCCUCAAGUAUAUGAGAACUGGAAAAGAAAAAGUGUGGUCGGCCUGAACUUCGACUUCCUAGCCCUCAAUCUGACUGGAUUUAUUGCUUACAGUGUCUUCAAUGUGGGCCUUUUCUGGGUCCCCUAUAUGAAGGAGGAGUUCCUGAAAAAGAAUCCAAAUGGUGUGAACCCAGUAGAUUCCAAUGAUGUGUUUUUCAGCCUGCAUGCAGUGCUCUGUCAGUGUGUUAUUUACGAGAGAGGUGGACAGAAGGUUUCCAAAGUGGCCAUUGUUUUGCUGGUGAUCGGCUGGUCGUUUGCUCUGGUUACCCUCUUCCUGGCUCUGGCCGGCACAAUCACAUGGCUGGAAUAUCUCUAUUACUUCUCCUACAUUAAGUUAGGUGUGACUCUGGUGAAAUACAUACCGCAGGCUUACAUGAACUAUCAGAGAAAAAGCACUGAAGGGUGGAGCAUUGGAAACGUCCUGCUUGACUUUACUGGGGGCACUUUCAGCCUCCUGCAGAUGUUUCUGCAGUCCUACAAUAAUGAUGAAUGGCGGCUGAUUUUUGGGGACCCGACGAAGUUUGGCUUGGGCGUAUUCUCCAUCUUCUUUGACGUGGUGUUCAUGGUCCAACACUACUGUCUUUAUCGGAAACAAGAAUACCAGUUAUUAGACUGAUCUCCAUGGGCCUCUGCGAACUGGGACCAAACUAUCAACGUGAAGCAGGGCACGGACUCUCAUUGUCACCAGAAUAUGAAUGAAGCACUACAAUCAGCAAAUCACGUCAAAUGAAAUGUUGCUUAAUGAAUAUUUUUUGGUAAAACGAUGGGCAUUGUUUUCUAAACACCACUUUAAUUUUUUACAUUAGUGACACAGGUUUGUUCCCAGUAAUCUUGAAUGAACUAGAAAACUCUCUUUAUGAAUGGUUUAUUUAGCUUUUUUCCUGAAGUGUUGUCAGAAAAAAUUCAGCAAUAUUCAAAGAAGAGUUUUAACUCGAGAGCGAUUUACCAGUGACGCUAACGGCAAGCAGCUUUCGGUUGGGCUCAUUCCCGGACCUUCGUUAACCGCACUCUGUGUGACGUGAGGGCUGUUCCCGGCGGUGCAGUGCGCAGCUGGAGCGAGAGCUGCGAGGCUGCGUGUCGGGUCUGCGCACCUGCAGCUGUAACGCACGCAGUGCUGGGCGAGACGUAAGAAGGAAGAACAUUUUGCAGUGUCGUGUUUUGUGAUACUUUACAAAACGCACAAAAAUGACAAAUACUACCAAAGUGUGCCUCUGUUCAUCCCCAGCGGUGUCAUUUCGGCAAAGCGGCGCCAGCUGGCCUCUGCUCGCGCGCCGUCUGGUGGCACGAGGGCGGUGAUCAGCUCACAUGGCAGCCGCUGGCAUGAAAUGCAGCUCCUGGGUGCCACUCUUCCUGGCGCCGGCUCAAAAGGGUAUUAAUGUGUUUCCACUGCUGAGGGUGUUGUGUGAUACUGUGGCAGAUUGGAGGGCGUUCCAGUGCGUCUGACCCUCCCCAGCUCGAGACCCACAGACUGAAAGCUUUUAGACACAGCUGGCUGCUGUUUCCCUAACUAGUGGUUUCUGAGUAUAAGGACCGGCUGUGGUGUUGGGAGGGGAGCAGGGGAAUUACUGUAAAUGUGACAUGACAUGAAUACUGACUUCUGUUAAAAACAUACGUUAGAAAUAGCCAUUGCUGUGACCUUGGCUUGUACCUCUGGGGUUGUAGUUACCUGAUUCGCAGUCUGUUGAUGUUGCAGCCUUUUUGCAUUAACACAGAUACAGCCUGAAGCGAUCGCAGGAAGCACAUCGAAACCCCAAGCUUCUGCUGCCAUGUUAUGUGUUUUCUACCUAUUUUUUCAAGAACACUGCAGAUGUUUUCAAAAUAUGCAGAUUUUUUUUUGUUGAAUAAAAAUUUUCAUUCCCUUUUCCAGAA